AUUUUAUUUUUCUGGAGAUUAAAAAAAAAAAAAAAAAAAAAGGAAAGAGCUUGCCCGAUCAAGACGAGCUUCUCUCUCAGAACUAAAAUCCAUUCCCAGGCUUGUACCGGGUGAUCAGAUUCGGACCGCAUUCAGAAAGUUUCUCGGAAAGCCGUUCCGAAAAUCUCUGAUGCGAAGGAAACGCUGCGUUUCGUGGCUGCAACCGCUAUUGAUCUUUUUUUCCAAUUGGAAUUGAAAAAUUAAUUAUUCCAAUUUGGAUGGAAGACCGAGGAUGAAUUUUACUGAGCUGCUGCUUUGAUUUUUUUCUUUUUUUCCCCCAAAAAAAAAAAAAAAAAAAAAAAAAAAAAAAAAGAGGAAGAAAACCAUGUGGUUCUCGUUUUGGAGAUCCAGGGACCGUUUCUCUUUGGACGAGCUCAGGUAUUUAACUGAUCAGCUGGUUAAGAUCCAAAUUGUUAACGAGGUUAACAAGGAUUUUGUUAUUGAAGCACUGCGAUCAAUUGCGGAGUUGAUAACAUAUGGCGACCAACAUAAUUCAGGCUUUUUCGAGUAUUUCAUGGAGAAGCAAGUUAUGGGGGAGUUUGUACGUAUACUGAAGAUUAGCAGGACUGUCGCUGUUUCGCUUCAGUUAUUGCAGACAAUAAGCAUUAUGAUCCAGAACCUAAAAAAUGAGCAUGCUAUAUAUUAUAUGUUUAGCAAUGAACAUAUGAACUACUUGAUAACUUAUUCGUUUGACUUCCGAAAUGAAGAGCUAUUAUCUUACUACAUAUCCUUCUUAAGAGCAGUAAGUGGAAAGCUAGAUAAGAAUACAAUUUCGCUGCUUGUAAAGACUGAAAAUGAUGAUGUAGUUUCAUUUCCAUUAUAUGAUGAGGCAAUAAGAUUUGCUUUUCAUGAGGAGAAAAUGGUUCGAACUGCAGUACGUGCUUUGACACUUAAUGUAUACCAUGUUGGAGAUGAUUGUGUAAACAGAUAUGUCACCAGCACCCCUCAUGCAGAUUAUUUUUCAAACCUGGUUACUUUUUUCCGAGAGCAGUGUAUUGAAUUGAGCAGAUUGGUCUCUGACUCUAUGAAAGAUCCUGGUGCACAGACAACAUCGUCAAUUCUUGCUGCUGUGGAUGAAAUUGAGGACAAUCUCUACUAUUUUAGUGAUGUAGUUUCUGCUGGCAUCCCGGAUGUUGGGAGGUUAAUAACAGACAAUGUUUUGCAGCUUUUGAUAUUCCCAUUGCUUCUUCCUUCUCUUGCAACAAAAGUUGUCAAUGAUCUGCAAAUUGCUGCUGUCACUUCUUUGUAUUUACUUUGUUGCAUUUUACGCAUAGUUAAAAUCAAAGAUUUGGCAAAUACCAUUGCUGCGGCUCUCUUUUGUCCCUUAGAGGCUUUUAUACUGAAGGGUGGAGCUAAGCCCAAUGGCUAUAUGUCUGGUAAUGGUUUUAUGCAUGAAAGCCAACAGCACAAUAAUCUUGCCGAAGGGAAUGCUGAUCACAAUAAUCUUGACAAAGGGAAUGCUGGAAGCUUAACGUUUAAUGAUCCAAACUCAUCUAGCUCUUCGCAAGUUCUUCUGGUAGAUGUCAUGGAAAAUGGUUUUCAUGAUUCACAUUUGGCUUUAAGGGAGGUUUUGCUUUCUUAUGUGACAAGUGGGAGUGAAGUACAAGUUUCAGGGUCUUUGAGUGUCCUGGCUACAUUGUUGCAAACAAAAGAAUUGGAUGAAACAAUGCUGGAUGCCCUUGGAAUACUUCCGCAACGCAAGCAACAUAAGAAACUUCUACUGCAAGCUUUGGUUGGUGAAGGCUUAGGUGAAGAGCAGCUUUUCUCUUCUGGAACUAGUUCAAUUAGAGAUGGUAUUGGUAGUGAGCUUGACGGGUAUCAACAAAAGCUUAAGGAGAAGUAUGGAAUGAUGUGUUCUUUCCUUGAAGUGGGAGCAAGCCCGCGAGAACAUAGAUUUCAGGUGCUUGAUGCUCUGGUUAGUCUAUUUUGCCGUUCAAAUAUAUCUGCAGAAACAUUGUGGGAUGGGGGUUGGCUUUUGCGCCAGUUACUUCCUUAUAGUGAGGCAGAAUUUAACAGUCAUCAUCUCAGGUUGCUCAAUGAUUCAUACAAUAACUGUGCUGGUACUCUUAGGCAGGAGAUUAAAGGAAUCUGGCCUGACCUACUUAUAACAGUCCUCUGUGAUGAGUGGAAAAAGUGUAAAAGAGCAAUUGAAGCCUCUUCCCCACGGAAAGAGCCUAAGUGGAUGCUGUUGUCGUCUCAGAUGUCUUCUUCAGAAGGCACUUUCCCAGGCGAAUCAUCAUUUGCUGCUGGAGAAAGAAUGUGUGAGUUGGUGAAGGUUUUUGUACUUCUACAUCAACUACUCAUAUUCUCUCUUGGUAGAAUUUUGCCUGAACAACCUCCUAUCAAUCCUCCAGCUGAUAUUUCAGAGAAUUUCCGUGCAAAAACUGCUGGUCUAGAUGCUUCAGGUCCAAAACCUGGCACUGAGCUAAGACUUGUUGAUGCACUAUCUUGCAGAAUUGCAUUUGAGAGGGGUAAAGAACGACACUUCUACUUCCUACCAAUCUCUUUGGGAACAUCUGGGUGGGUUGUCCUAGCGGAAGAAUUACCACUAAAGCAGCAUUAUGGAAUUGUUCGUAUUGCUGCACCUUUGGCUGGUUCCAAUCCAAGAAUCGAUGAUAAGCAUUCAAGAUGGUUACACUUGCGGAUCCGCCCAUCCACUUUACCGUUUGCAGAUCCAGCUAAAUCUGGCGGAAGAGCAAGGACAAAAGCAUUGGUUGAUGGGAGGUGGACCCUAGCAUUUAGGGAUGAGGAGUCAUGUAAGUCUGCGUUAUCUAUGAUUCUUGAGGAGAUCGACAUACAAAACAAUGUGGUUGAGAGAAGACUAAAACCCUUACUUGAUCUUGAAAGUACGGUCGAUCCCUCAGACUCUUCUGUAUGCCCUCCAGAGUCUUCAUAUACUAAAUCUUCCAGUUCAUCAGGUACUUAACCCGCUUGAGUUUUCCCAUAACAGUCUAUUAUACAUAUGGGGGUGAGAAUAUAUUAUGCCUCGUCGCCCCCUUUUGUAAAUGUUCAACCAACCUUAGGUAUACCCAGAAAUGUAAAUUAGCACCUGCAAUUUUGUUUCAUUCUUUGUACACUAGCUUUCGGUGUCCUCAUUUGUAAGUGUAUCGGCUUUCUGCUCUCAUUCUUUAGUAGCUCUAACCCUAGGGUUUUUUUCCUUCCCUAAUUUGUAAGAUGUGUGACAACGAUGUAUAUUUGAGGCGAUUCCAUAAAUCAAAGCUUUCGUGAAUUUACUUUUCGUA